UCAUAGCUUAAUUCACAACAAGUGCGUGUGACUUAACUUUACAAUUUGCAACUCCAUAAACUAUAUUAGUGUGCAUGUAAAGUUUAAACUACCAGUAUCCCCAACCUGGGAGAAUGAACUCAUUUUGGGGGAAUUCAACUCACGGACCGGACCACAGGUUUGCUGUGGAGGGCUUCCCCAGGGGAGAGUCGCCGUUUGCUCUCGACGUGAAUCCCAGGAAAAGACUUAACUCGGCGGACGACGCGCGAUGUAGCAGCCGGCCACCUCCCGAGGGAGCCGGGUCGGUGACAGUCACCGAGUCGGAGAGAAGGGACCGCGGGGGCAGUCUAUGUCAACACUGCCAAAUGAAAGUUUCAGAGCUCAAGAAGCAAGCCUUCACCCUGGCAGACCCAAGUUCAUUAAAGGAUCCUGGAUACGCUGCCUUCCUGUUCGACCAGCUCCAGGUUCCUGGGAGCCAUGACGGCGGGGCCAGCUGCCAGGUAUGCCACACCUCCGUCCUGCAGCUGAGACAGGAGGCCAUCCAGACGGUCCACGCCCCCUCGCCGCCCCCAGGCCCCGCCCCCUCGCCUCCUUCGGGCCACGCCCUCUGUACACCAGCACCAGCCGCCUCCGCUCUCUCAGCCCAGCCCUCCCGGCUCACCUUCUCCCCCUCCGGGCCCCAGGGCCCCCAGGGCCCCCGAGCCCACCAGCUGCUGCCCCUGGGGGACAGGAGACGGGGGCUGGGCUGGCCCCAGGGCUGCGCUGGCUCCUCGGGACCCAACACCAGUGUCCAGGUGACGGUGGGCGGAGGACAGCUGUCGGGGUCCCUGGGGUCGGUCACCAUCCAGGCCCAGCAGUACCUGGAGGGCCUGUGGAGUUUCCUCCCCCAGCCCAGCCCGGUCCAAGGUCUUCUGGGGGAGCCGGAGAGGGGUGCCGCCAUUUUGGAGACGUCCGUCAUCAGUAGCCCAGCCAGCUUCCUGUCGACGCCCAGAUACAGGAGCCCUGGACACCCUGGACACUCCCCAACACACACCUCCACACACACACCUACACACAGCAACACACACACCUCCACACACACACCUACACACAGCAACACACACACCUCCACACACACACCUACACACAGCAACACACACACCUCCACACACACACCUACACACAGCAACACACACACCUCCACACACACACCUACACACAGCAACACACACACCUCCACACACAGCAACACACCCACCUCCACACACACCUCCGACCAGAGUGCAUCCGCUGCAGCCUCCUUCUUCAUCAGGGCGGCCCAGAAGCUGAACUUGUCGUCGAAGCGUAGGAAGCAGCUGGUGCCGCAGCCCCGCCCCCAGGAGCCCUCUCUGUACCCCACCACCUUCAGCAGCACCCUACAGGUCUCGCCCCCGCCCGCUCCACCAUGCCUGCUCCGCGCCAUGUCCAAGGUCAAGGAGAACCCGGGGUUGGGGAAGGUCAAGGUGAUGAUGCGGAUCUGCCCUCCCCUGGACGACUCGUCCGAGUCUGUGUCCUUCCUGAAGGUGGACGCCAGGAAGAAGCAGCUGACCCUGUACGACCCCGCGGCCACGCCUCACGCCAGCGCCGGCCUCAGGAGAGCUGCCACCGUGGCCGUCCCCAAGAUCUUCGCCUUCGACGCCGUGUUUCCCCAGGACGCCUCGCAAGCGGAGGUGUGCUCGGGGACGGUGGCGGAGGUCAUCCAGUCGGUGGUGAACGGAGCGGACGGCUGCAUCUUCUGCUUCGGUCACGUCAUGCUAGGCAAGACCUACACCAUGAUCGGUAAGGACGGCUCCGCCCAGGGCCUGGGCGUGGCUCCCUGUGCCAUCUCCUGGCUCUUCAAGCUCAUCAGCGAGAGGAAGGAGAAGACGGGCACCCGCUUCUCGCUACGCGUGUCGGCCGUGGAGAUCAGCGGGAGGGACGAGCAGCUGACCGACCUGCUGGCAGAGGUGUCGACCGGCAGCCUGCAGGACGGACAGUCCCCGGGAGUCUACCUGAGGGAGGACCCCAUCUGUGGUACCCAGCUCCAGAACCAGAGUGAGCUCCGCGCCCCCACGGCAGAGAAGGCUGCCUUCUUCCUGGACGCGGCCAUCGCAGCGCGCAGCACCAGCCGGCCGGACGCGGACGAGGAGGACAGACGCAACUCCCACAUGCUGUUCACCCUCCACGUCUACCAGUACCGCAUGGAGAAGAGCGGCAAGGGAGGAAUGUCAGGUGGAAGGAGCAGGCUUCACCUCCUUGAUCUGGGCAGCUGUGAGAAGGUCCCCAGCAGGAGCAGGGACGCGGGUGGAGGGCAGUGUCUGUCGCUCACGGCGCUGGGCAACGUCAUCAUGGCCCUCGCCAACGGAGCCAAGCACGUACCGUACAGGGACAGCAAACUGACAAUGUUGCUGAGAGACUCGCUGGGUAACAUCAACUGCAGAACAACUAUGAUUGCCCACAUCUCCGACUCCCCUGCCUGCUACGCCGACUCGCUCUCCACCAUCCAGCUGGCCUCUCGCAUCCACCGCAUGAGGAAGAAGAAGUCCAAGUACGCGUCCAGUUCCUCCGGAGGCGAGAGUUCCUGUGAGGAGGGGAGGAUUCGCCGCCCCCCCCACCUCCGGCCCUUCCACCCCCGGACGGUGGCCCUGGACCCCGACCUCCCCCCCCUCCUCAGUGACCCCGACUACUCCUCCAGCAGCGAGCAGUCGUGCGACACCGUCAUCUACGUGGGCCCUGGCGGCUCCGCCGUGUCCGACCGCGAGCUGAGCGACAACGAGGGUCCGCCUGUGUUCGUGCCCAUCAUCCCCUCCCUGAACCGGAGGAGGGGCGGCAGGGGCGCCCCGCUGGACAGAGAACACUUCUUCAAGUGCAACACGUUCGCUGAGCUGCAGGAACGUCUGGAGUGCAUCGACGGCAGCGAGGAGCCCAAGGCCUUCGUGGGAGAGGGCCGCGGCAGCCAGGCCAGCCCCAAGCUGGACGGCGGGAAAAGCAAGGAAGGGCCCGGCUCCGUUUCCCCGAAGACCGGAGCCAAAGUGUCCUCCGGCUCGCAGGAGAGCAUCUCACCCAAACCCUCUCCUAAACACACGGCUGCUUCCCAGCCGGCCGGCAGCCCCGGCCUCAAAUCCAAACUGGAACAUUCCACGCGGCAGAGCAGCCCCCAGGAGAGAGCGCUGUCGGAGAACGUGUGCAGGACCAGCGCUGACGGUGAGAAGGUGAUGGCAUCAGACAGCAGGGCCAGCCCCAGCAAGCAGGUCGCCCCCGCCACCGCCCCCAACCCAGAGCCAGUGGUGAGGGAGAAGGUCUACUUCAACAAGAAGCCCUUACCCAAGCCGGCUCCCCCUCCCCCGCAGCCGAGGGACACCCCCAGGGGGUACGGAGAGGCGGAGGAGAGAUCCACCAGAAUGCCCCCCGUCGGAAUGAGCCACCAGGCUGUGAAGAGGGGGGAUUCUGGCAGCCCCCCAGGCCCUGUGGAGGUGUGGUCCACCCUGAGAGACCGCUGCCUGAACAGGGACGCCCUCAGAGCCACCGUCACCCUGCAGCAGCCCGUGGAGCUGAACGGGGAGGACGAGCUGGUGUUCACCGUGGUGGAGGAGCUGUCCAUCAGGGGCCUGGUGGACGGAGGUCGUCCCACCAGCAUCGUGAGCUUCAGCAGCGACUGCUCCUUGCAGGCGCUGGCGUCCGGCUCCAGACCCGUCAGUAUCAUCAGCAGCAUCAACGACGAGUUCGACGCCUACACGGCCUCCUUCGGGGGGUCGGAGGUCAGCGCGGGGGCGGUCACGCCCCUCGGGGAGGACGUGAGCGUGGGCGGCAGGGGCUCGUCCGUGAGCUCCUGGCUCAGCGGGGUGAGCGUGAGCACGCAGGGGAGCGAGGGGGCCCACUCCUCCGACGUGUUCCUGCCUCACACCGCGCACGGCGGCCCCGAGGGAACCUUCUACCUGGACUCCUUCAGUCUGUUCCAGUGUGAGCCGUCGCCGAGAGACGCCAAGAACUCCCUGAACGACAGCGGGUUCAGCUUCUCCGAGCUGGACAGCGACAGCGCCGCCUCCAGUAAGCUGUCCUUGACCAAGUGCCCUCCUUCUCCCGACUCAGCCAAAGGAUCCCUCCGGUUGCCGGCGAAAACCGCCACGGUUAACCCCCUCAGCUCCUCCCAGCCCACCCAGGCCCCCCCCACCACCGUAGUCCACUCCAGUCUUCCCAGUAAAACACCUACCUCAUCCAUCACCCACAGUAGCAGCAGUGAGCCCCCCCCACACGAGGCCAGACAGGAGGACCCCUGGCAGCGCGUGGCCCUCUCUCCUGAACCCCAGCCCCUCGCGGACCCCAGCCCCACCGCCAAGUUCCUCAAAACCCCCCCCAGCGGCAUCCCCUCCCGGAGACCUGCGGUCAGCAGCAACAGCGUACCUCGCUCCCGCAAGGUGCAGGCCUCUACCUCAUCCCAGAGGGUGGUGGACGGCUGCGAGAAGUCGGCCGUCAGGAAAGCCGAGCCCCCCAGUAGGAUGCCCCAGCUGAGGCGAGGGGCCACCACCCUGGGGACCGUGCCUGUGAUCCACGCCACCCCGGAGUCCAGGGCAUCUCAGGACAUGGUCUCUGCGUCCACCAACAGGUUCUCUUCUCUGGGGAAAACCAGCAAGGCCACCGGACAGAAAGUCAGCAUGCUCCCCAAACCUGGAGGUACUUCCCCGCCUCCUCCCCCGGUGCGCAAGUCCAGUCUGGACCAGAAGAACCGGACCCUGCUGCCCCAAAGUGCCUUAAAGUCGGCGUGUGGGGAGCACGCGGAGGCAGGGAGGGCGGCGAGGGCCGUGGUGUCAGAGGAUGAGCUGGAGGCACGCUUCAAAGCGGACUCCAACAACCUGAAGACCUCCGGCCUCAGGUUCGACUCCUCCUCGGCUAAGGCCACGUCCAGCCUGAAGGCCAGGGGGGUCAGAGGCGACGCAGGGCUGCACUACGGCAGCCAGGUGUCCCUGGAGAGGUGCGACAGCCUGUCUUGUAUGGGCUCCAAGCCUGUCCUCAGCCGGGAGAACAGCGGGGCUAGCCUAGGCAGCAGCAAGUCUGGCAGGUCCAUACCCAGAUACGGCGUCCCUAACUCCGCAAGCUCUCCAAUCGCUACCUCCCCAACUUCCCCUUGCGGGAGCCCAGGUGUGGUGAGCAAACCCGGGCAGGUGAAAGCUGGUGUCGGCCCCAGAGCAGCUGGAACGCUCAACGGAAGCAAAGCCCGCUCUCUGUCUGCCAACCACUCGAAGGGCCUCAGUUCCUCCACCAAGUCCCUGGCAGCGCCCGCCGCCAGAAACCCCAACGCCAACCUCCCUCCCUCCGGGAAGACCCCCGCUCCCCGCACCACCACCGCCCCCGUCAGCGCCAGGCCUGGGCGAGGCACCGUCAUGGGCACCAAGCAGGCCAUGCGGGCGGCCAACAGCCGGGUGAGCGAGCUCGCGUUGGGCGGCUCGUCGGGCAAACACCUGAGGGGCUCCGGGGAGUCGGACGGCGGGGCGAGCGCGGGGGACGACAAGACCCCCGUGACCAUGCUCCCGUCCCCCUACAGCAAGAUCACCGCGCCCAGACGGCCCCAGCGCUACAGCAGCGGCCACGGCAGCGACAACAGCAGCAUCCUCAGUGGAGAGUUGCCCCCGGCGAUGGGCCGCACCGCCCUCUUCUACCACAGCGGCGGCAGCAGUGGGUACGAGAGCAUGAUCCGGGACAGCGAGGCCACUGGCAGCGCCUCGUCCGCCCACGACUCCAUGAGCGAGAGUGGCUUGUCCUCCUCGGGGCGCACCAGGAUCUCCAAGUCCCCCAAGAAGAGGUCGAACGGGCUCCAGCGGCGUCGGCUCAUCCCCGCCCCCCUGCCAGACACCUCGUCCCUGGGGAAGAAGGCCGGCACAGCUGGCCAGUGGGUGGACCUGCCACCCACCUGCAUGUCUGGCCCUUUAAAAGAACCGUUCGAGAUCAAGGUGUACGAGAUUGACGACGUGGAACGCCUUCAGAGGCGUCGGCAGGAAGACACGGUAGAGCAGCCAUUCCAGGAUGUGGAGAAGGGCCUGCUGUACUUCAACAGUAAGCUGAAGGUGCUGGAGAGGAGGCAGCAGAGGGUGAGAGAGCUGAAGAUCAAACAUGACGACCUGAGGGAGGAGCUGGAGGACACCAAGGCCAGGCUGAUGAUGGACCCCAGCAAGUGGAUGGGAGAGUUUGAGGUGGACCAGGAUUUAGACAAGGAGUCCCUGGAGUACGUCCAGGCCCUGGGCCAGGUGACAGACGAGCUGGAGUUCUGCGUCAACCUAUGCAAGUCACGCGUCAUGAUGGUGACCUGCUUCGACAUCAGCGUCACGGCGUCUGACGCUCAGGAAGGACUGCGUGAAGUAGAAGUCUGAUGAGCGGGAGACGGGACGAGCGAUCCAGGAAGUGACAAGAGAAGGAAGAUGAAAUGUAGCAGCCAGUUUGAUUAUAUUGGCUUGGAUUGAGUUGAGAGGGAGAUGGGGGGGGGGGGGGGGG